AUGGCAACCCAAGAACAAACCCAACAACAGGCAAGCGCCCAGUCCCCUUACGACGAAGAACAAGAUCAGCAAAUCGUCGCGCAGAAAUCCGCCGCCGCCGCAGUCCAACAACCACAAUACGGCGCCGAGAGCAGGCAGUACAUGUUACCUCCUCGGGCUGAGGGGUAUAGACCUGCUGCCAUUCGCGAGUCGAGGAUUAAGGACCGUCCGUAUAAGCCUGUUGGGGAUAGCAGUUUGAGCAUUAAGAUUGAGUUGGAUUUGGAGGUUGAGGUGAGUCUAGAUUGUGAUGUUCCGGAGAGGGCUGAGAAGAUCAUGGGAGGGAAAAGUGUAAAUGAUGCCUAUUUGCUAAUGUUGUGUUUUCAGGUCGAUCUCUACGCGAGAGUAAAGGGUGAUGUGACGAUUGGGUUGAUGUGA